AAGAAGGAGAAGUGGAGUUUACUUAUUGGAUGACAUUAGAGUCGAAGGCUAUCACACUUUUUACAGUUAGUUUCACAGGUUGGGAACAACUCACCACACUUCGGCGUAGAGUCGCGGCCUCUCCGACAUCUGACUGCCUGCUUCAGCCUGAAAAAUGCGGGACCGGACGAAAGAACUGGGAAACAAUCCCGAGACUUCAGAUGAGGAUGAGGAGGGCAAAGCUCUGAUGAUCAAACCUGGAGCCUCUUCAGCCAAAGAGGAGAAGGAGAGUGAAGCCUUCUUCAGAAAGGCGCAAGAAAUUCACGAGGGGCUGCAGAGUCUGAAGAGGAUGGUCUCUGACCUUGAGAACAAACAGAAAACUGUGCUGGGCGUGGCGUUGCCAGAGGAGAGUAUGAAGAAAGAGUUACAGACUCUUCGAGAGGAGAUAAAAACGCUGGCAAGUCAGAUCCAGAAAAAACUGAAGAGUAUUGAAUCCAAGAAAGGAGAUGAUGAUGGAAAAUAUAUACCCAUAAACGUUCGGAUGCAACGCACACAGCACGGUGUCUUGUCUAAAGAGUUUGUGGAGCUGAUGGGUUACUGUAACACCAUCCAGGCCCAUUACAGAGACCGCAACGUGGAGAGAAUACAGAGGCAGCUCAAAAUUACUGGGACCAACGUGUCAGACGAGGAGCUGGAUGUUAUGCUCGAAAGUGGGCAGACGGAUGUUUUCACUCAGAAUAUCCUGAUCGACGCUAAAGCUACAAAGCAGGCUCUGAAUGAGAUCGAGUCCCGGCACGAUGAGAUCCUGAAGCUGGAGCGGAGCAUCAGAGACCUGCAUGACAUGUUCCAGUACCUUGCCAUGGAGGUGGAGGCUCAGGGGGAGAUGGUCAACCACAUCGAAACCAACAUCAAACAAUCUGCUAACUACGUGGAGAGAGCAAAGGAGAACACAGAGAAGGCCGUCACAUAUCAGCAGAAAGCACGCAAGAAAAAGAUUUGGAUCGCGAUCUGUUUGGCCAUCCUCAUCCUCAUCUUAGUUAUCUCGUUGGUCACCACCUUCGGCACCUAACACCAGGCGGUGUGAGUCUGCGGCAGAACAGCAUUAUCCCCCCAUCAUGUAAAUAUAUCAGCCCAUAUAUAUCAGAUAUGUACAGGUCACAUGGUCACAUGGUCUUUUUCUUUUGACUUCCUCUAACCCUCCCUUCCUAAUGAGCCUUUUUGUGUUGUUGUUUUUAAGAAGAGAUGUGCUCUCUGUUGUUUUAACUCGCAAACAACCACAAUCUCACCUGGUUUAUUGCCCCCCCCCCCAUCUCUACAACAACACAAAGACAAAUUGUGAAUUGUUACAUCAGAGCCCCCUCCCCGCCUAUGUUUAAAAAAAAAAAAAAAAAACAAAGAAAAAAAAAAAGAGGAACUAAGUGGCCUUGAGCACGGCACACUGCAGUAUUGGAACCUGACACUGGCGCUGAACAUACUGUACUCAGGAAAAAUGUGCGUUGAUUCUUGUUACGUUGUUGUUUCUGGAUGAAUUCGAGGUGUGAAAAACAAAAAAAAACAGUUUUAAUGGAGUAGGGCUUUCUCUCAUCUUACAGGCUAAUAUAAUUGUACAUAACCUAUAUUGCUGAGGAUUAAAGACACUUUAUGCAGAUGAUUUUUAAAACUUGAAAGUUGUUUCAAACUGCCUUCAUGUGACAGGUGUAAAUACAGAUUUUUUUUUGUGAAGUAACAGCCCCCCACCCUUUUCUUUUUGAAAUUCAGAGGUGUCUCAGUGCUGAAGUCACAGCUUUUAUUUGUCCUACCAGUUUGUAUUUAUGAUUUGAACGUUGUUUAAGCUGCUACGAGAAAAGUUCUUCAACAACACAAGAUCAAAUUGUUUUUUUUCCAAACUGUGCCUUCUUCGUUAUGUCGAGGUGAGAGUGUGCUGUUGUCCACUAACAUUGUCAAGAAGGGAUGGACUGAGUUUUUAUUUUAUUUGUACUUACACACACAAACACUGAUUUGUCUUUACCCUGUUUUUAUUUUUCUUCACCAGUUUGUCACAUUGUGCAAAGUCUCCAUUUGUCCCUCAGGUUUAGGGAGACAAACCGUACCUGCUGUGACAAAUCUGGAUCGAAAAAUAAAAUCAGCCCAAACUGUUCUAUGUUAAAGGAUGUCCAGUCCUCGGUCCAGUCUGCACCGCAGAGCAGCUGCUUUGCGACUGUGUAAUUCUACGGCUGUUGACUUUUGCAUUACUCGUUUAUUUUAAUGUAGAUUUGUUUUUAAAAUAAAAUAUUGCCAUGUUC